CGUUUGUACCGAUUCUGUGGAUCUGUGUAGAAGCUGCAAAGAAACAUCUUAAAACGUGUGAAUUUACUGUAAUUUAGUGUUAAAUAUCUCGCAACGUUUGUUAGUUUUCAUCAAGUGAUAGUGUUGUGUCCAUACAAGUGCAAGAUAAAUUGUUUUAGCCUCCAGAAAAACGGUUACCUAACGUAGGAACCAAGUUUGUCUGUUUGUUUACAUAGUUUUGUGUUGUGUGCUUGUGAGAAGUGUUUUUACAACUAUUAAAGAUGGAAAACGAACCGAAAGAACUUUCCAUGGAGGAAAUAAGAAAGUUUAUGGUGCAGAACAACUAUAAGCUAACAAAUCAUAUGCUGGUGAAACAUUUCCGCAGCUUUCUCACAAACAAAGAUACACAAGAUGUAGCCAGAAGACGGUUUAAGGAGUAUGUAAACAAAAUAGCAUCGGUUAAGCACGAAGGUACCGAGAAGUAUCUCGUUCUUCGGCGCAAAUAUUACAACGGUAUUCCACCGGAAGAUUCUGGCACCGAAUCACCGGCCCCGAUGAGUCCGGCAUCGCGAUCGUACGGAAUGCUUCCAUCCGAUGGUGAAGCAUCACCGAUGCGCCAACCUCCUCCAUACCGUCCGCCGCCGAUAGUGUCCCCGGACACGGUUUCCUAUCAGGGCAGUCCCCGUGGCAGUAUCGCUUUAAAUCGGCGCAACAGCUCCGAUUACAUACGCAGUGGUUCGGAAAUAAGUUUCGGUAGUGAAUUUGCAAGUGUUGACGGUAGGAAAAUGAACGCUUUGCUCGUGCGCAGCAAUAGCAAUGACACUCGCCCACUUCCACCGGACGGUGGUCGUAAGCUGAGCGUGGACAUGUUAUCACCGUAUGAUGAAGGUGUACCUCCUGCCAUUCCGCCCCGGAAAAGGAUGAGCGAAUCGGGUGGAAGUAUCGCUUCGAAUUCGCGCCAAAGCUCGAUCGAUGAAAAGUCGGCCAGUUCGGUGAGCGAAACCCAGAGUGAAAAUAAAGAAAAUGUGGCCGUGGCGACAACGGAGGACAGUAAUGCGGUGACAUCGGAAGAAAACAAAUUGAGUGUGAAGGAAAAGAUGAUGAAGUUUAAUCGUUUUGCAUCGGAAGAGGAGGCCAAAAUACCUUCUCCGAUAGGCAAAAAGAAACCGGAUAAGAACGCGGAAGAAACGAUCAAUGCUGAAAAUUUGAUGCAACAUCCAAAUGCCAAAGAAUGGUUAAUAGCAGCGGCAAAAUCGGACUAUCAACUGUUGGCGAAAUUGUCCACUGAGCAUCCCACAUUGGUGAAACUACAGUCAUUUCAGAUUUUGGCACCUAAUGAUCAUAUAGAAAUCAUUGGAUUGGACAGACCCCUGGAAGAAAAACGAAGUUUGCUUGCUGAAGACUUCAGGUUGGAUAUUAACCAACCAAAAUCCAAAAUGAUGGGAGCAUCACCACCGUCUCUGUUAACAAAUCUCGAACUACUCAGAGAUUAUGUAUAAAUGGAUUAUCACAUUUUUGUCGUCUAAAAUGUCAUCUAUCUCAGGUACCGUCAACAAAAACUGAUGUUGAGAAAAAACUUUCACUCAAAUACUAGUCGUAACCUCAACUCGUAGUGCUAUAGUCUUAAGACGAGGACGUUAUCAAGAACUGUCGAAUACCUUUACCAUGUCAUUCGAGAAUAAACUUUUCAAAAGGAUUCUUGGUCCUUUUUGUGUCGAUAAUGGAAGAUAAUGGAGGAGGCGCUACAAAGACAAACUGCAUAAGCUUUAUGAUGAACUCGCUAUCAUGGAAAGUAUUUUUCGCUCGGGAGUCAUGCGGACUCGUCAUGACAUUAGAAUGACACCCUACGACCCUGUUUGCGAAGUCGUCUUGGGUCGUCUACAUAGAGGAGA